AUCGAUAGUGGCUUUCAAGUUUGAGAGGCCAACUACGUGUCGCUUCCACACAGGGGCCGCUUUUAAGGACGGAGGAAAGACGUGUACGAACGGUCAUUUUAAAUGGUUUUUAUACGCCUACGAAGGACUCAGUGUGAAGAGAAGAAGGCUUAUGGCAGGUCUGUAGAGGGAAACCAUACAGACCAGGACAUUUGCUCAGUGUACAUACAUGAGGACAAAAUGGCUCCAUCAGGUCUUACUCUCAACAAGCCAGUGGCUUUUGGCUUGAUUGCUCUUGUAGCUGGUGGCAUUAUUAUCUACAAAGCAGGAUGGCUGCCUUUUUCAAGGUCCCACAGUAUGGCAGUUACAGAUUCUCUUAAUGAAGGUCUGGAGGUGAAAGAAAUUGACAUCAUGAAUCUUCCUGAUUAUCCUGUUCCAAAAGACGAUGCACUGAAAGCCAUCAAUAUCAAGGAAAAUAAAGUGGAUGUGGAGAUGAAAGGAACAGUACAUAAAAUUUUUUUUCGUGAAUCUGGACCAGCAUCUGGCACUCCCAAACUGACAGUGCUUUUACUUCAUGGACAGUCAUUUACUUCCGAGGAUUGGAUGAAGAUUUCUACACUUCAGUACCUUGCAUUUUGGGGUUUCCGAGCAAUAGCAAUAGAUCUUCCAGGGUAUGGCAACAGUAGAGACACAACAGUGGAGAAUGACAGAGCUGAAUUCAUGGAAGCACUGAUAGCACAGCUGAACAUCAAGCCUGUUAUCAUAAGCCCUUCCAUGAGUGGAAAGUUUGCCCUCCCAUACCUUUUCAAUGAUCCAUCAAAAUCGCUAGAAAGAGCAGUGGGUUUCAUCCCUAUAGCACCAGUAAACUCUGGGGAGUUCCUAGACAAGUAUUCAAUGAGUAAGCUUCCCACUCUCGUUGUGUACGGCUCAAAAGAUGAAACAGGAGUGAAAAGCAAGGAGAACUUUCAGCGUCUUAUCAAGUCCACUAUUGCUGUCAUUCCAGAUGGCACUCAUGCCUGCUAUAUUGAUAAUGCUGAUCAUACUAAGCUUUUCCAUAAAGCCCUGUACUACUUUCUUACCAGUUUAGAACACUGAUUACACAGCUAGUGUGGUGAUGUUUGCCCAGUUGUUUAUAUCAUAGAGUUACCUUUAAAGCUAGUGCAGCUACUGCAUUUGAAGAGGAUGUUGCCAAGGGAGAUGUAUUUAGUUUAUAACAUGUGGUCAGAUGUUUCAGUAAGCAUGCUAAAUCAACUAUGGGACUUGAUCCCAUGUGUUUUUUUGUUGUUUGUUUUUGUUCGGGAUGAUGGUGUUUUUUUCAAAAACAUAAUGCACAAAUGUAAAAAGAUAUUUUGUUGUUACAGGAAAUAGAUUGUGUUUUCUUUUUGUUAAAGGAUUUUGCAUAUGUGUGUUCAUGUAUACAUCUGUGUAUAUGUGUGUUUUUGUGGUGGGAAAAGAGAGAGAGCAGUAUGGAUGGUGUUUUUGAAUUAUAUUUCUUGCUACUAAUCCAGGGAAAUACCAGGUUUUCCCACAAACUCAUAGGAACCACAGCAGAUGAACUUAUCCAGCUUUUUGUUUUUGGUGCUAGGUAUAUUCUGAUUGUAAAUGUAAUCUGUGAAAAGUCUUUCAUCAGAUAUUUUGUCAUAAAAUAAGGAAAAUGAAAGCUUCAUCAUUAUCGGAACAGUAGUUUCAUUGUCUAGUAAAAUCUUGCUAAAUUGGAUUUCCUACUAAGAAAUAUUUUUUACAAUUUUUUGGUGCCCUAACUUAGCAUUCAGAUCAUUUGCUCAUACUGUAGCAAAUUUGGUGUGAAUUAGCAAGUCACAUUUUUGAGGGGUUAAAAAAAAAAAUCCAGUUUGGCACUAUGUAUCUUUAUGUUCAUGUAUCUUUAUAGUUGUUAUGUGUGUAGAUAGCAUUCUAAAUGGGUUCUCGACUGUUUUGUAUCUUAAAAUCCAUGUACUACAGCAUCAUGGGCCUUUUACAAGUAAAGAAGACUUGACAAAUAAAGCUAUUUUUACCACAGUGUUGUUUAAUGAAACUGAAAACUUUCCAUUACAUUUCAUGUGUGACUACCACCUUCGGGAUGUCCCCCAUAUCCCAUGUAUUAGCAAAUAACCUAAAUAUUUAUAUGUUGUAAAAUUUGAGUGCUCAUUUCGAAACAGGAUAAGUGUGCUUGAAAACCAGCAAUUAUUCAGAAAAGCUUAUAAUUAUUUGGGUCGGUUGAAUUUUAGUUGCAUUAUUAUAUUAUUGCAGCUGUAGCACUAUUUGCUAUGUUCCUAGAUUGAUUUCUGUGUCUGCACCACUUUUGUUCUUUUUUUCUAGACCAUUUAUUCUACAGUCACAUUUUCUUAUUACUUAGAUUUUAGACCUGUGCAUUAGCAGUGUUGAUUUCAGACUCUGUUUUCUCCAUUGUCCAGACAGUUUUGAAAUUGAGCUGUCACAGCAAGAUUGAUGCACAGCAAAGGCAGGUCUGAUAUGGCUGACAUUUUGCCUCCCCGGUAAACUAAGCUUACAAUGAUCCUUAGCAUGAGGCUCUAACAGGAGUUGUGUUGACGAAACAAUAUUUCUGUCUGCCAAAGUUAGGUCACUGCACCAAAGAUUGCAAGUUGUGCUUCCAUACAAACGUCAUAAUAACUUUCAGCUACUUUUUGAAGCAGAACUUUAUUGAUUUGUUGACAAUUCCAUGUAAUGGCAAGACUGCAGACUGCAUCUGUGUUGAUGGCAUUCGUCUUCAUGUCAUCAUGAGAAACUACACUACUGGGGCGCAGAUGAACUCUUUACUUUUGAGACCAGCUUCUGUUAUUAUUAUUUUGUCUGUGUGUGGGUUUUUUAAAUCACUUUGAUGGUGGAGAUAAGCACUAUAUAAAUCAACUUUGUUAUAUUAUCGUUUUAGAUCUAUAGCCAAAAAAGGGUAACGUAUUUAUUUCUUAUUGUAUCUAUUUUUAACAAAUAGGAUUAAUUUUACCAACCAUAUUUCAGGCUGUGCAGGAUAAGAUGAUCAAUGCCAAGCAAAUCUUUCUCCACAACAGAAGUUGUGCACCAUUAUCAUGGGACUGCAAUGUCUUAAGUUUGUGCUGGAAUUUUAUUGUACUGGAUGUUUUACAAUUGUGAUAGAUGUAAUUAUCCCUUAAUGAGGAAGGAGAUUUGCUAGUGUUAAAAUUCAUGUGUGUCUGCUACUAAACAAGGUGGAGCUGACAGACACUUAAUCUUGGAUAGAUGGAGGGGAAAUCACUUAAACUGAGGGGAAGCACAUGGUAACAUGACAUUGUGACCACCUGUUGCAUGGCUUCUUAAGUUCGGUUUUUUUUUUUAAAAAACCAUGACUGUUCAUUGUAUGUCUUUGGUACUCAUUUCAUGCUCGUUCUCAGACUGUCGUUGCCAUUCUUUUUGACAAGCCUUCCAUUAUGUUUAUUGUUCACUUUUUUUUACUUUGUUAGUUUUGAAAAUCCUUAUUUUCAUAUCUUUUGAAGAUUAUAUUUUUGCUCAUUGUUUAUUGGUACUGCAAGGUUGCUUUAAUAGCUAACUCAAAAUUCCAUCAAUAUUAUUUCUAGAUGUUUCUUAAUUCUUACAGUGGUACCUCAGCACUCAAUCACAAUCUGUUCUGGAAGGCUGUUUGAGUGCCGAGCAUAUUUUUACCCAUAAGAAAUAUUUUAAGUUUAUUUAAUUGGUUCUGGCACCCACCAAUAACUAUCAUGUAUUGUUCAUAUAUUUUGUAAUACAGUAUAUGUAAAAGAUGGGUUUGUUUCCAGCUGUUUUUCAUUUAUCCACACUAGUACUAACUUCUGUCACCUUCAUUGAGUCCUUUAAUUUAAAUAUUGAAAUACAUAGGUUUCAUGGUAACUUCUUGUCUGUGGACAAAUUAUUACACUACAGUUGGUUUAAAACCUUUAAAAUUUCCCCAAACUUGGUCAAAGAUUUGUUUAUUUAAGAAGGGCACUUAACUGUUGACAGUUCCAUUGUAUAGUUGAAAACCAUGUGCUCUUGUCUACUGAGGAAGAAGUAUUUAAACAAGCCAGUUGAUGUAUUGAAAACUGAUCAGGAUCUGCAGCUCUUUAAAUGCCUAGCAGUGGGAUGGUAGUGACAGCUGAAGGCAAAGAUGAGCUCUUCUGUUUUAUGGAUUAUAAUUUAGCAUAGUUCAGUUUUUGUUGUUCAACACUUCUUUGAUGCAUCAAGACAGUUGUGCAAAAAUAAAUCCACUACCUAGCAUG